GUUAUGAUGGAAGUUCAUUUAAAAAAAAAUUAGGAAUAAUUGUUAGUUACUUGUUUAACAUGUCUAAGGAAUUAAAAAAGACUUUAAAAGAAGCACGUGAUGCUCUCAAAGCAAAAGAUUACACUACUUGUGUUAAACAAUGCAGAUGGGUUUUAAAAGAGGAUCCUGAAAAUUAUAUGGCAUUGAUAUUUUUAGGAGCUGCCUAUCAAGAAACAGAUUCUAAACAAGCUUACAGCUACUUUCGAAAGGCAUCAGAAAUCAGUCCCAGCCAAUUAUUAGCAUGGCAAGGUUUGGCAAAUUUUUUUGACAAACAAGCUCCUUGCGAGGAACUAGCUCAAGUUUAUGGAAAAUUAUUAGUUUUAGACGGAGAUAAAAGUAUUGAAGUAUGCCAAAAAAUGAUAUCUUUAUCAAGUAGACUUUCAGUUAAUGACUCUUGUGUAAAAGCUCUGCAAGGUGCAUUAAAUUGUAUAAUAGAAUCUGAUAAGAAUGAUAAAAGGAUUUUACAGAUAUAUUCAACUAUAGCAAUUGCGGUAAUGCAAUCUGAAAGAAUUCCUGCUAAACAUUCUGACAUAUUAGAACAAGCAUUGUCAGUUCUCACAGCACAUCCCGAAGUUGAAAAUCAUUCAGAAUUUUGUAAAUGGCAAUUAAGACAGUUUUUUCAUUUGAGCAAAUUUGAAUUACUUUGGGAUAAAUGUAAAAUCAUGCACGACUUAUAUCCUCAAGAUUCAUAUCCUCUAGAAUGGAUUUGCAAGCUAUAUGUUGAGAUGCAAUUAGAUGAUUAUUAUGAGGGAAAUUUGAAAUUGGAAAUUGAUAUAGAUAAGUAUUUAACUGCUCUCAUCUUUAUUAAGCAGCCUUAUGAUAUGUCUCAGAUGGCUAAAAGUGUCAUGCUACUUCUGCAGAAUGAUUUUGUAAGAGCAAGGGAUAUUGCAGUUAAAGUUACUGAAUCUCGACCGGGAUGGUUGCAUGCUUUGUACGCUUUAGCAAUUUGUUAUCAGAAACUUUCUGCUUGGAAUUCUUGCGAACAAAUUUGUCGAAAGGGGUUGUCUAAAGUGAUGCCGAUGAGCAAACCAUCAAUUAAGAUCCAUUUAGAAGAAAUGCUGGUUGAGAGUCUUAUUAAACAAGAACAUGAUGCUAAAUUACACGAUGCAGCUGAUAAAUGUCGAGAAAUUUUAUCCGCAACACCUGACAAUGCGAAUAUUUUAUAUUUUGAUUUAUUCACCAAACUUCUAUUAAACAAAGGCAAUGUAAAUAUUUCUUCCGAUUGUCCUGGGUAUGAUGGACUUAGUAAUUUUCAAACUACAACUUUGAACUCCUUGAAGCAAAGACUUCUAAACAACUUUGAAGCCGCAUUGCUCAUACUAACUAACGCUUUAGAUCAAAACCAAUUCAAAGAAACGGACGAAGCGGCACUCUUGUUGGAGAUCGGAAAAUGCUAUAAGUCAUUAAAUAAGUUAGAUGAAAGUUUGAUUGCUUUUUUAAAAUCAGCGAAAUUAAAUCAGUAUUCUGCGGAUGUGUUUUAUCAUAUAGCCGGGUGUUAUACAUCAUUGAAUGUUGAAAAUGGCGUAGAACGCGCGAAGAAAUGUUUGCAAAGAUCUAUGCACUUCGAUAAACUUCAUCCAAAGGCUGGCUCUUCGUUGAGUCGCUUAUAUAGACAAAAUAAUCAAACUGAAGAAAAUUUAGCGUUACUGCAGAAUGCCGUACAAACUGGAAGAAAUUUAGAAACAAAAUGGGCUUGGUUACAAUUAGGUCUCCAUCAUCUUUCUAAUCGCGAAUACGAUUCCGCAAUCAACAGUCUUCGUGUUGUCAUCAGGAUUGACCCAGACGAUGCACAAUGCUGGGAAAGUUUAGCCGAUGCGUAUGUGAACCGCGGGUCUUAUGUGUCUGCCCAGAAAUCAUUCCGAAAAGCUUUAGACAUCAACCCUUCUUCUAUUUAUGCAAAAAUACGUACUGCAAAUAUAAAUCAAAGUUUAGGUCAUUUAAACCAAUCCAUAACUUGGUACAACGAGGUUUUAGAGAUUGAUCAAAAUUACCUGUUAGCACUGAAGGGUCUUGGUGAAACAUAUUAUCUUCUAGCCAAACGCGCGUUUAAACAAAAAAUGCCCGGACUUUGCAGAAAAUAUUGCCAGAUGACAGUAGAUAAUUUAUUCAGAGCUAUUCGAGUAAAUAACAGAUUUGUAUGUCUGUAUAGAUUAUUUGCUAAUUGUAUAAUGCUAGUAAUCGAUCUACCCGACUAUUAUUCGUGGUUAGAAUUAUCGAAAGAAAUUUCUCCUGAACACAACGGGGCAAAGUUGCAAAAAUUGGAAUUGUUUGAUAUAGCGAAAAAGUUCUAUUAUCAAACUUUAAAAAUGUCACAAAAUAAUGAUAAUGUUUGGAAUGAACUUGCUAUAAAUUAUCAUAACCAUGCUGUAUAUCUGGAUAAAAUAAGUGACAAGUCGGACGAAGUUUUAAAUUUGUUGAACAAAGGUAUGUCAAUAGCUAGAAAGGCGGUAAUGCUAGCGCCCAGUAAAUGGCAGCAUUGGAAUACCUUAGGUUACGUAGCUUGCAAUAAACAUUUGAAUCAGUUGGCACUAGCUCAACAUUGUUUUAUAAAAGCAAUUAAUAUAGGAAAAGACACAGCGGUUGCCUGGACAAAUUUAGGUGUCUUAUAUGUUCAAUACGGUGACAUGAUAUUGGCGAACAAAGCAUUUGCAAGAGCCCAAGAAUCAAAUCCAAGUUACGUUGGUAGUUGGAUUGGCCAAUCAUUCCUAGCGCACAAAUUAGCCAAUGAAGAUGAGCUAGAUCUAUAUCGUCAUUCCGUUCAGUUGGCAUUUCAACCUGAAUGUUGCUUAGCCUACGCAAAUCUUGUCUGCGAAACAAUUAACGAUCCAAAUAAAAUGAAAGAGUUUCGUUAUAAGUUUGCGAUAGAAGAUAUGCAAGCCGUUUGUUUGUCUACUGAUAUCAUUAUCUGGUAUCUUGAACAUUAUGGUUGGAUAGAGGAUGCAGACUGGAAAGAGUUUGAUCUCAAACAGGCCAAAGGACGGGAAAAUAACAUUGUGUGCGCGCUGACCUUAUUAGGACAUCUUCGAUGUCUUCAGAAAAUGUAUAAAGGAGCCCAAACUGCUUAUUUGACGGCUUUAAGUUUAUGCAGCGAAAGUCAUAAGGAUAAGAUAUUAGUUAAUUUAGCAAAAGUACAAUUAAAAUUAUCACUGCCAGAAAUUGCAUUAGAAACAUUAAGCCAUGUAAAUGAAGCAACUUUUAUGUCGGCUUGCACUUUAGCGCAAGCGUAUUUUAAAUGUGGCCAAUUUGAGGAAUGUUAUGCCACAUAUGGAAAUGCUUUAGAAUGGUUGUGCGAAAAUGAUGAACAGAAAUCGAGCGUAGCUAUUGGUAUGGCACGCCUUGCUUAUGCGUUUCAAGGACCCAAUGAUACAAAAAUUUUGCUAUUUCAAUGCUUGGCAACAAAACCCCCUCCCUUAAAUGCUUUAUAUGCGGCUUGUGCUUUGGGUAUAUUGCAUCAAGAUGAAAACUUGACGAAGCUGACUUUGAAUGAGCUCCAAAACUUGAACAACAGUAACAAUGGCAAGUUUAACAAGAUUAACGAUACAGUUCUGUUUCUUCAAGUUCAGCACGAAAUUUCAAUAAAGAACCAACUUGCUGCACGUAAUAUAAUUUUAAAUGCUCUAAGGCAGUACCCAAUUUGUGGAGAAGCUAGGUACAUGUUAGCAAAGUUUUUGUUAACUAAAGAAGAAAAGGCUGCUGGGAGUAUAGCCGCCUUAUUAACGAAUUCGUGCAUUGAAUUUAUGGAUGAAGAUGAGGAUAAACGAGUGAAAUAUGCGAAGGUUUUAAGUAUGAUUAGCCGUGCCCAAUUACAAUCACAUGAUGUCCGAUCUGCCAGAAUAUCUUCCCAGCGUGCAAUAUUUCGUUGUCCAGAUACUCUCAUUCCAUGGGAAUGUUUAUUAAAUACACAAGAGAAGGAUUCAAGUCAUUCGAGUUAUUGGAAUAAAUUAAAUGUUCAUGUUUCAAAUUUGAAAGCUGAGCUAAAAUGAUAUUAAAAUCAAGUUAGUGAUA